AUGGUGCCACGGCUCCUCAUCGCGCUCCUUCGCUUUUUCAGCCGCGGGUUCCUGCGGGCGGGGGACGCCGCUCCCGGCCCCGAGGCGCUACAGUGGGAGCCUCAGGAGCUCGGCUGCGUAUUCCAUGCUGCGGCCAGACCUCGGGGAGUGAGUGGUGGAGAUGGAUCCCGUGCCUUCCCCAGCAUAUCCCAGCCCAGGGAUGCUCUGCUGAGCCUGGGCGCUGCGCUCGAUGCCACCACCCUGCGUGACGCCCUCCGCCAUGCCCUUGUCACCCUGCUGCCCGCUGUGGAGCAUGUCUACAUCUACCUGCUGGAUGGGGACACACGGCUGCUCUGCGAUGACCCCCCCCAUGAGCUGCCACCCAAUGGGAAGCUCAGGGAUGCUGUGCAGAAGCAGAAGCGGAUGGAAUGUGCAGGGCUGCUCCCUGCCGAGCUCCCUGGCCAGCACCUGGGACCCCUGGCAGCCCCCCUGGCCCCUGGCACACAAGUGCUCAUCAUCCCGCUGGUGGACAAGAAUAGUGGGGCCGUGGUCUGCGUCAUCCUGGUACACUGUGGCCAGCUGAGUGACUCAGACGAGCAGAACCUGCGUGCAUUAGAGAGACACGCCCUGGUGGCAUUCCGGCGCCUGCAAGCCCUGCAGAAGCUGCAGCCCUGGCCCCAGGUCAGCCUCUCCACCAGCUCUUCCCAGACCUCUCUGGCCAAGCCUGAGAAGGCACCUGGCAGCAGCUACAGUGACCUGGACUGCAAGAUCCUACAGCUCUGUGGUGAGCUGUACGACCUGGAUGCCGCCUCGCUGCAGCUCAAGGUCAUCAACUACCUGAAACAGGAGACCCAGUCUCUGUGCUGCUGCCUCCUGCUCGUCUCUGAGGACAACCACCAGCUCUUCUGCCAGGUGGUGGGGGACCGUGUCUUGGAUGAGGAAAUCAGCUUUUCACUCACCUUUGGGCGCCUGGGGCAGGUGGUGGAGGACAAGAAGCCCAUCACCUUGAAGGACAUCAGUGAGGAGGAGCACAAGCAGCUGAGCAGCAUGCUGGGCUGCGAGGUCACCUCUAUGCUCUGUGUCCCUGUCAUUAGCCGGGCCACCUCCCAGGUGGUGGCACUGGCCUGCGCCUUCAACAAACUGAGUGGGGAGAGCUACACAGACACGGAUGAGCACAAGAUCCAGCACUGCUUCUGCUACACCUCCACGGUGCUCACUAGCACCCUGGCCUUCCAGAAGGAGCAGAAGCUCAAGUGUGAGUGCCAGGCCCUGCUGCAGGUGGCAAAGAACCUCUUCACCCAUUUGGAUGAUGUCUCUGUCCUGCUGCAGGAGAUCAUUACGGAGGCCCGGAACCUCAGCAAUGCUGAGAUAUGCUCUGUGUUCCUGCUGGACCGGCUCAGUCAUGAGCUGGUGGCCAAGGUGUUCGAUGGUGGAGUGGUGGAUGAUGAGAGCUAUGAGAUCCGCAUCCCAGCAGAUCAGGGCAUCGCUGGCCACGUGGCCACCACUGGCAAGAUCCUGAACAUCAAGGAUGCCUACUCGCACCCGCUCUUCUACCGUGGGGUGGAUGACAGCACUGGCUUCCGCACCCGCAACAUCCUUUGCUUCCCCAUCAAGAAUGAGAGCCAGGAGGUCAUUGGGGUGGCAGAGCUGGUCAACAAGAUCAAUGGCCCUUGGUUCAGCAAGUUCGACGAGGAUCUGGCCACCGCCUUCUCCAUCUACUGCGGGAUCAGCAUCGCCCACUCCCUGCUGUACAAGAAGGUGAAUGAGGCACAGUACCGAAGCCACCUGGCCAAUGAGAUGAUGAUGUACCACAUGAAGGUGUCUGAUGAUGAGUACACCAAACUGCUGAGCGAGGGCAUCCAGCCUGUGUCCACCAUUGACCCCAACUUUGCCAGCUUCACCUACACACCACGCUCACUGCCUGAGGACGACACCUCCAUGGCCAUCCUGAGCAUGCUGCAGGACAUGAAUUUCAUCAACAACUACAAGAUGGACCGUCAGACGCUCACCAGGUUCUGCCUGAUGGUGAAGAAGGGGUACCGUGACCCUCCCUACCAUAACUGGAUGCACGCGUUCUCCGUCUCCCACUUCUGCUACCUGCUCUACAAAAACCUGGAGCUCGUUAACUACCUGGAAGACAUCGAGAUCUUUGCCCUCUUCAUCUCCUGCAUGUGCCAUGACCUGGACCACAGAGGCACAAAUAACUCCUUCCAGGUGGCCUCGAAAUCGGUCCUGGCCGCGCUCUACAGUUCAGAGGGCUCUGUCAUGGAGAGGCAUCACUUUGCCCAAGCCAUUGCUAUCCUCAAUAGCCAAGGCUGCAACAUCUUUGACCACUUCUCCCGAAAGGACUACCAGCGCAUGCUGGACUUGAUGCGGGACAUCAUCUUGGCCACUGACCUGGCCCACCACCUCCGCAUCUUCAAGGAUCUCCAGAAAAUGGCAGAAGUGGGAUAUGACCCCAAGAACAAGCAGCACCGCAGCCUGCUGCUCUGCCUGCUCAUGACUUCCUGUGACCUCUCUGACCAGACCAAGGGCUGGAAGACCACCAGGAAGAUUGCAGAGCUGAUCUACAAGGAGUUCUUCUCCCAGGGUGACCUGGAGAAAGCCAUGGGGAACAGCCCACUGGAGAUGAUGGACCGGGAGAAAGCCUACAUCCCCGAGCUGCAGAUCAGCUUCAUGGAGCACAUUGCCAUGCCCAUCUACAAAUUGCUGCAGGAUCUCUUCCCCAAGGCAGCGGAGCUCUACGAGCGGGUGGCCAGCAACCGGGAGCAGUGGACCAAGGUCUCCCACAAAUUCACCAUCCGGGGGUUGCCCAGUAACAACUCUCUGGACUUUCUGGAUGAGGAAUAUGACCCACAGGCCCCUGACCCCCAGCUCAACGGCUGCCUGGAACCUGAGGCGGGGCAGCCCCCCGAGGCUGGAGCCGAGUGA